CAGAUUGUUGGGCAGAGCCUGUAUUUGGGGACCUGAACGCUGCUUUAAUCAACCCUGGAUUCCUGGGGCACCUAGUAAAUACCCUUUUGGUAAAAACAGAAUCGCCUUGGACAGAGCGGUGGAGUUUCCCCCGCCGCCCGCUCUGGAGGAUGUGGAGCUGUUGCACCGAGGACCAAAGAUACUAGCUCCUCUAUAAUCUUUGCCGAGAACGAGCAGCAAGCAGGGGGCCGGGCCGGGCCGGACCGGAGUUUGGUGCCGCAGUUUGCCGGCGGGCCGCUGUGCGGGGUGAGCGGCGGCCGGGGCCGGGCCUGGUGGCGGAUGAGCAACUCUCUGCGCCGGGUGGCGUGUGCCGUGUCGGGCGGCGUGGACAGCGCCGUGGCAGCGCUGCUGCUCCGCCGGAGAGGUGACCUUUAAGGUUUAUGUGAAAUGAAAUGAAAUGAAUCUCUUUAUUGUCAUUGCACAUGGUACAACAAAAUUUAAAAGUCAAUCCAACGGUGCCAUUCACAAGAACAAUUUUAAAUAUAUAAGAAAAGGUUACCAAGUGAUGGGUGUCUUUAUGAAAAACUGGGACAUGCUGGAUGAACGCGGUAUCUGUACAAGUGAUCAGGACUGCAGAGAUGCACACCAGCUCUGUGAGAUGCUUGACAUCCCUUUCUAUCAGGUUUCCUUUGUGAAAGAGUAUUGGCAUGAAGUCUUCAGUAACCUAGUAAAGGAGUAUGAAAUGGGAAGGACUCCGAACCCUGAUAUAAUGUGUAAUAAAAAUAUCAAAUUCAAAUGUCUGUUGCAUUUUGCCAUGGAAAUGUUGGGGGCUGAUGCAAUGGCAACCGGUCAUUAUGCCAGAACGUCACAAGGCGAUGAAGAAGUUUUCCAGCAGAAGUCCAUUGGAAAUACAGAAGAUAUUUUAUAUAACCAUGGUAAGGAUGCUGUAAAACUCUUGAAGGCUGCUGAUCCACAGAAAGACCAAACUUUCUUUCUGAGUCAGAUAUCUCAGCAUGCUUUGCGACAUACCAUCUUUCCCCUUGGAGAAUUCAGGAAAAAUAUUGUAAAGGAAAUGGCAGCAGAGGCAGGAUUUCACCAUAUAUUGAAAAGAAAAGAAAGCAUGGGAAUCUGUUUCAUUGGAGAAAGAAACUUUGAACAUUUUAUUCUUGAGUAUCUCGAACCUCGUCCUGGAAAUUUUGUUUCUAUAGAAGAUGGAAAAAUAAUGGGGACACAUAAAGGUUGGUUUCUGUUCACUUUGGGACAACGUGCCAGGAUAGGUGGUCAAAGUGAUGCUUGGUUUGUAGUUGAUAAAGAGAUCAAAACUGGCGACGUAUUUGUGGCACCAGGCACCUGUCACCCAGCUUUGUACAGGAACUCACUUGAAACUGACCCUGUCCAUUGGAUCGCUCAAAAUCCACCUGCAGACCUGCUCAGGGAUGGAGUGAUGCAGUGCAGUUUUCGCUUCCAGCAUCAAAUGCCUCUUGUGCAGUGUCAAAUAACACUCAAUGCAGAUUCUACAGUUUUGGUGACCCUUGUCAAACCAGUCAGAGCACCAACACCAGGACAGUAUGCUGUGCUGUACAAGGAUGACGAAUGCCUUGGCAGUGGCAAGAUAACGAAACUUGGCCUGUCCAUGUACAAGGCAGGAGAGGAUAAAUUGGCAAAUUUCGGAAGACCGGUGUUACCAGAUAACAAAUCCAUGCCGUAACGUGUAGUUCAACUUGGCAAGAUGCUGUGAACCACCGGAACUAAUAGGAAUAACUGCAUGAAUCCAUCUGUAACCAGACUAGAAUCGGAGUAGACUUCAUUGUUGCAUGAAGACCAUUUCUCACUACCUCCCCUUAAACCCAAUGUUCAAAUAUACUUUAAUAUUUACCAUGGAGGUUAACCCUGGCUUUUGAGAUGUUGCUUUUCUUGUGCCUUCGGUUAAUUUUCAAAUAUUUGCUUUUGGAUCCCACAUUCCUAUUAGUUCCAAAAAUGUUGUUGGUCAUGACUUUUCUAGUCCAUCAUGAAGCAAAUUUAUUCCUUAAUCCUUAGAACAUAUGUUUUAAUAUAUAUUAAGCUGAUCACAUUUUGUAAUUUAUUUUUUACAAUGAUUGCAGUAAUUUGAACUUGUUUUUGAUUAAAAAAAUAAAAAAACUGGAACUGGAAAAACAAUAAAUUAUGCAAUUUCUAAAUGGGACAGCCUUUUAAAAAAAAAGUAUUUGAAGAUAAUAUUGGAACUAGAUUAUCAAUCAUAUGUUGCAAUCUAUCUGAAAUAAUAGUUAUUGGAAGUGCAUAACAAACCUUUGGUUAUCAUUAUAUGUCGACUCUGCUACAAAUAAUAGUUUAGGCGGCACAAUAUCAUAGGUGGUCAAGUUCCUGCUUCACGUACGUCCGUGACCUCAGACGUGCCGGUUUGUGGGUUAAUUUGCUGCUGUAAAUUGCUGCCCCCUAGUGUGUGGGUAAAUGGAUGAGAAAGUGAGAUAGUAUCGAAUUUGUGUGAAUGGGAGAUCGAUGGUCGGCAUGGACCCAGUGGGCCAGAUCCCGUUCUGUAUCUUUCAAUAAUUAAAUAGUGGACCAGAAAUGUUUGCAUUCCCAAACAAGAUGAGUUUUGGUGAGUGUUGCACCAUAUGUUGUAGUUUGGUUUCAGGACUAGGGACAUGGAGGGCUAGUUCGUGUGAGGGAUUGUGGAAUUAUGACAGUGUCUUGCAGGUGAUAUGAGAUUGGGAUGUAGUCCUGGAGCAGGUAAUAUGGAAUAACAUUGCCAGGAAUCACUGCUCUAUUGGUUGCUGGAUUGAUUAAAGGAGAAGGAUAAGGGUCAAGGACAAAAGGAUUCAUAAUUGUGUAAAAAAUAUAGAACAAUACAGUGUAGGAAUUGGCCCUUCAGCCCACAUAGUUUGUGCUGAACAUGAUGCCGUUAAAUCGGGGGUUCCCAACCUUUUUCGUCCCGUUUACUCCUGG